ACAUAAACAAUUGGUUGGCAAAGGGUUUUAUUCUGGAGUUAGGGGUUUAAGCAUUGAAGCAGAAAAAACUCAUCGAAAUAGAAGAAAUGGUGUUAUCAAACAAGAAAUUGAAGCAGCAAAUAAAAGCUAAAUUUGCAGAAAUUUCAAAUUCAAAGAACCCAGAUUUCGAAAUCGUAAAAAACCCAGAUUUCGAAAUUGUAAAAAACCCAGAAACCCCAAAAUCACUGAAACAAUUGCUCGAUUCAACAACCCAGAAACCCAGAUUAUCAAAGAGAGAAAAACGCAGGGAAAAUCUAUCAACUGGUGAAAAUAACGAUAUUCAUGUUGAAAAAUCUUCAAAGGGGAAGAAAAGGAAGAGAGAGAAAGUGGGUGUUGAAGAUGAGGGUGGAGUUGAGCUUAAGGUUGACGAGAAUGGGGGUGGAGUUGAGCUUAGGGUUGACGAAAAUGGCGGUGGAAAGCUUGAGGUUGUUGCAAAUGGCGGCGAGGGUGAAAAAUUGAGUAUCAAGAGAUUGAAGAGGAUUGAGAUGAAUAAGAGAAAGGAGAAGGAGAAGAAUGAAUUGAUAGAGAAAUUGAGAGGUGAAAAUGGGGGUGGAUUUGGGCUUAAGAUUGUCGAUAAUGGCGAUGGAAAGCUUGAGGUUGUCGAAAAUGGCGGCGAGGGUCGAACAUUGGGUGUCAAGAAAUUGAAGAAGAUGUUAAAUUGGGAGAAGGAGAAGAAUGAAUUGGGAGAGAAAAGUGAGGGCGAUGUUGUAUUGGGUGUGAAAGAAGGUAGUGAUUUAAGCAAGGAAAAAAGAGUUCCUAUGAAGAAGAAAAAGAAAAAGAAGAAGAAAUCGAAGUUGAAAUCGAAAGCAAAGAUUGAGACCGAGGAGAAGCAGUCUGAGGUUGAUAAUGCUGUUUUUCCAGAACAAAUUGUUGAUGAGACUAGGGAAGGAAAUGAGGAUGAUUGUAAGAAAGUAUAUGUUGGAGGGAUGCCAUAUAGUUCGACCGAGGAUGAUAUGUGGAGUUUCUUUGAUCAUUGUGGUACUAUAACUGAUAUUGAUUGUAUGAAAUUUCCUGAGACUGGAAAAUUCAGGGGUAUUGCUUUUAUCAGCUUUAAGACAGAAGAGGCUGCUAAAAAAGCCCUGGCACUAGAUGGAUCUGAGAUGGAUGGCUUUUACCUGAAAAUUCAACCCUACAAGGCAACUCGUACCACUAAAUCAUCAGCCUUUAUCCCACCAGUCAUAGAGGGCUACAACAGGAUAUAUGCUGGAAACUUGUCAUGGGAUAUCACAGAAGAAGACUUGCAAAAGUUCUUUUCUGAUUGUAAUAUAACGUCCAUCCGAUUUGGGGAGGAUAAAGAGACUGGAGAAUUCAAAGGAUACGCACAUGUGGACUUCUCUGACAGCGACUCUCUUACAAAAGCAUUGAAACUGGAUCAGCAGGUAGUAAGUGGACGGACUGUGAAGAUAAGUCGUGCAGUCCCUGUGAGAGCAGGUAUAAGAAAUCCAGGGUCUGUCUCAGCACCAUCAACUGUAAAACCUCAACAGAAUAAUAUUGGAGUUAUGCCACCAGCUGUAAAACCUGAAGAGAAUUAUAGUGUUAUUAUGCCAGCAGCUGUACAACCUGAAGAGAGUUAUGAUGAAGUUUUUCCACCAGUAGUACAACCACCAGAGAAUAAUACCGGGGUUAGCUCUGGGAAGCUUAAGAGGAGGACUUGCUAUGAAUGUGGUGAACGCGGUCACAUUUCUUCUGCCUGUCCAAAGAAACAAGCUGCUGAACAAACCGCUCCAAAUGCUGGUUAGUAGUCAUAGAAUUGUGAACAUCUCCAACCACUUGCCGUGGAGAAUUUUUUGUGACGCACUUGCAGUAGUUGAUUACCAGCAUAUUGACUCUUUUAUAUAUGGUCUAUAUUUAUAAAAGGAAUAUUAUCUUUCUUGCCCUCAUAGAGUUGAGUUACACAGUAUUUUCUAGGUUUUUUUUUUUUUUUUUUUUUUUGUUACACAGUAUUUGCUAGUUUUACGGAUUCGUAAUUUGUACCUCUUUCUCCCCUUCUGUAGGAGCAACUUCUACCAUUUUGUUUUCUGAAAAAGAUAAUAUGAAAUUUCACAA